AUGGCAGUUAUGAAACUCAGAUCCUUCAUUCUCUUGCUCCUUCUUACUCUAUCAACUCUCUUCCUUCACCCAACAACCUCUGCACUCAACCCAAACCAACCCAUCAAAACCAUUGUAGUUCUAGUCAUGGAAAAUCGUUCCUUUGAUCACAUGUUAGGCUGGAUGAAAAAAGCCAUCAACCCUCUAAUCGACGGUGUCAAUGGAGAUGAGUGCAACCCAGUUUCAACAGAAACCUCAAAAAAAGACACUAUUUGUUUCAGUGAUGAUGCAGAGUUUGUGGAUCCGGAUCCAGGCCAUUCUUUUGAGGAUGUUUUGAAACAGGUAUUUGGUAAUGGUAAUGUUUCAAAUUCAAUUCCUUCAAUGAAUGGUUUUGUGGAACAAGCAUUGUCUGUUUCUCAGAAUCUUUCUGAGACUGUCAUGAAAGGGUUUAAACCGAAAUCUGUUCCCGUUUAUGCUGCUUUGGUUAAGGAAUUUGCUGUUUUUGAUAGGUGGUUUAGUUCGAUUCCCGGUCCGACACAACCCAAUAGGCUUUUUGUCUAUUCUGCAACUUCUCAUGGUUCAACUAGUCAUGUUAAGAGACAGUUAGCAAUAGGAAAUCUAAGGAAGUUGAAGUAUAUAUCCAAGUUUCAUCGGUAUGAGUCUAGUUUUAAGAAAAAUGCUGGAAAUGGGAAGCUUCCGGCCUUGACGGUGAUUGAGCCGAGGUAUUUUGACUUGACGGGCUCGUCUGCGAAUGAUGAUCAUCCUUCUCAUGAUGUUGCAAAUGGACAAAUGUUGGUGAAGGAGGUUUAUGAGACUCUGAGAGCUAGUCCACAGUGGAAUGAAACUCUUUUGGUUAUUACAUAUGAUGAGCAUGGUGGAUUUUUUGAUCAUGUCAAGACUCCUUUUGUUAACAUUCCUAACCCAGACGGGAACACAGGACCUGCUCCUUAUUUCUUUAAGUUUGAUAGGUUAGGGGUUCGCGUGCCGACUAUUAUGGUCUCUCCUUGGAUCAAGAAAGGAAUUGUGGUAAGAAGUCCCAAAGGACCAGCUGCGAACUCCGAGUUUGAGCACUCGUCAAUUCCCGCGACCAUAAAGAAGUUGUUCAACCUUUCCUCUAACUUUUUGACUCACAGAGAUGCAUGGGCUGGGACAUUUGAGGAUGUUGUUGGCGAGUUAACUUCGCCCAGAACAGACUGUCCAGUGACUUUGCCGGACGUGAUGCCUUUAAGGAGCACUGAAGCGAAAGAAAAUGGCAGCCUUUCUGAGUUUCAGAGUGAGGUGGUUCAGUUGGCAGCUGUUCUAAAUGGAGACCACUUCUUGAGCAGUUUCCCGAAUGAAAUGAGUAAGAAGAUGAAUGUGAAGGAAGCUCAUGAUUAUGUGACAGGAGCUGUUUCGAGAUUCAUAAGAGCUAGCAAAGAGGCUGUCAAGUUGGGGGCUGAUGAGUCUGCUAUUGUAGAUAUGAGAUCCUCUCUCACUACUAGAUCUUCUACUCAUAAUUAA